GUCCCCGCCCCCCGGCUUCCUGCGUCCGGGGACCACAAGAGCUCAGUCACAAUGGCGGCGGCAAGGGUGGCUUCUGGCAGACUCCGCGACCUGCUGACGCGACGACUGACUGCCCACUCCCACCUGGGUCUCAGCAUUAGCCUGCGCGCCAUGGGCUCUGCUGCACAAGAUAAGGCCACCAGCGCUGCCCCCAGUGAAGCCCCAGACCACAACUAUGAGUCCCUUCGGGUGACAUCCGCCCAGAAACACAUCCUGCAUGUGGAGCUAAAUCGGCCUGAGAAGAGGAAUGCCAUGAACAGGGCUUUCUGGAGGGAGAUGGUGGAAUGCUUCAACAAGAUUGCAGAAGACGCAGACUGCAGGGUAGUGGUUAUCUCUGGUGGAGGAAAAAUGUUCACUGCAGGCAUCGACCUCAUGGACAUGGCCUCGGACAUCCUUCAGCCCCGAGGAGAUGACGUGGCCCGCAUCAGCUGGCACCUCCGUAGCCUCAUCGCCAAGUACCAAGAGACCUUCAGCGUCAUUGAGAAGUGCCCUAAGCCUGUGAUUGCUGCCGUCCACGGGGGCUGCAUUGGCGGAGGCGUGGACCUUAUCACCGCCUGUGACAUCCGGUACUGUGCCCAGGAUGCUUUCUUCCAGGUGAAGGAGGUGGAUGUGGGCUUGGCAGCAGAUGUAGGGACGCUGCAGCGCCUGCCCAGAGUCAUUGGGAACCAGAGCCUGGUCAAUGAACUCGCCUUCACCGCCCGCAAAAUGAUGGCAGAUGAGGCCCUGGAAUGUGGGCUGGUCAGUCGGGUGUUCCCAGACAAGGAGGUCAUGCUGAACGCGGCCUUCGACCUGGCGGCCGAGAUUUCCAGCAAGAGCCCUGUGGCGGUGCAGGGCACCAAAAUCAACUUGGUCUACUCCCGCGACCACUCCGUGGCGGAAGGGCUCAACUUCAUGACGUCCUGGAACAUGAGCAUGCUGCAGACGGACGACAUCGUCAAGUCGGUGCAGGCCGCCAUGGAGAAGAAGGACCCGAAGAGCGUCCCCUUCUCCAAGCUCUGAGAGCCGUCGCGCCCCGCCGCCCGGCCCUGCCUCUCCUGCGGGCUGUCUGCCCUCCCCGCGGAGUGGGGUCCGCCCAGCCCGGCGCCCGAGUGCCUUCCCCACGGGUCGCCAGUUUGUAACUUCAUGAACUGAUUUUUGUAUCCCGCCGGCCUUAUCGUCGUCCCAGAAACAAUAAAGAAACAAUAAAUGCAGAGCACCUGGUGUCCU